UUUCCUUAAUAAAGGCACAGUAAUCCCCGGAGCGGUGCAUCGUAGAACUUUUAUAGACACCACUAGUAAUAGGUUAGUAAUAGGUAUUAUCCAAGCCGUAAACAAUGGCUACCUCCUCUUCGCCUAGCUCAGACUACUUCCUACAGCUGCCGUCCCACCAGGCGCUCGUUGUCAGGUAUCUUCCGAAGACUACGGCACAUGAGCGUGAGAAGAUCCUAGAGGAUGUCGAAUACAAUAUAUUCGCUUUCCCUGCCGGCCUUGUCACUUGCGAUUACCUUUCGGAUUCGGGCACCUCUGCGAUGACAGACAUACAAUGGUCCGCAUGUAAGAAAGAAUUCAUAGAUUUACUCCAAGUUUUACAAAUCGAAUAUAUGAAAGAAAAAAACAUUCUACCUCCUUAAAAGUCCUUCUGGGCUUGGCGUUAUAUACCAGUUCCCUAACUUGUAUUCUAGUGAUAAGAGGUGAUGAAAGUUAUGGUCGCAACUGGGGAUACUACUGUCUUCUCGAGACAUGCCGAGACAUCUUCGAGAGAGGCAAUAGCCGACAAUAUGCAUCCCACAACAUCUUGACUGGAAUGGCCGACAGUGAACUAUACAAGAGCACGUUCUUGAAGUUCCACGAAGGUGGCUUCGUCAACGGCGGGUCUCGUCAACUUGAGAGUCCUAAUUUUUUCAUCGUCCCACAAGGGCGCUGUGCCGAGUUUCUGCUCUUCUCUACACUUAGUGAAGUGAUAGCAGAGCAAAGCGGAAACAACUCGCCCGUGUCGAAGGGGGUAAUAAUAAGCAACGGGUUCUUUGACACUACGCAAGCCAAUGCCAGCACCGCGGGAUUCUCCCUCGAGACCUUUACGCAGCCUGGGCUGACUGAUCCGUUCCCCGAGGAGCUCAUUGGAAAAUCCAACCCCUUCAAAGGGAACCUAGAUAUUGCGGCGACCGAGGCCUUUCUAGAUCGACAUCCAGAACCGCAACAGGUCCGCAUGAUAUUGAUUACGAUUACCAAUAACUGGGCCGCCGCGCAGCCCGUAUCGAUGUCCAAUAUCCGCGCGGCCGCCGAGCUGGCGAGGCGGAGAUCGAUACCCCUUUUCUUCGAUGCCUGCCGCUUCGCCGAAAACGCGUGGUUUAUUCGCGAAUUUGAACCCGGAUACUCGGAACAAACGAUUCCCCAGAUUGUUCAUGAGAUGUUUUCGUACGUUGACGGAUUUACUCUUAGUUUGAAGAAGGACGGCCUUUCGAAUAUGGGCGGCAUCUUGAGUUUCAGGGAUAAGGGGUUGUUUGCCCAGAAGUACGAGUCGAUCGGGCUUCGCUUGAAAGAGCGACAGAUCCUGUUCUACGGCAACGAUUCUUACGGAGGAAUGAGCGGCAGGGAUAUGAUGGCAGCUGUCAUGGGCCUAUACGAAGUCACAAAAGAGCCUUAUCUCCGUAACCGUAUCAAUCAGGUACGGACCUUUGCCCAGAAGCUCCAAGCCAGCGGCCUCUCGGUUCUUUCACCUCCUGGGGGUCACGCGGUUUUUCUCGACAUGGACGAGUUCUUCCACGGCUGUGAUAGAUAUGCGGGAGACUUUCCUGCCGUAGGCUUCACGCUAGAGCUCCUUAAAGAUUUCGGCAUCCGCGCGGCGGAAGCCGGGCCAUUCGGCUGGGAAUGGGAUAAGAAGAACCCUGAGCUACAGGCCAAGAUACCAAAUUUAGUCCGGUUCGCCGUGCCACGACACGUGCUCUCCGACCAGCAUAUCAACUACACGGUCGCAGCUAUCAAGGAACUACAUAAUAGACGACAUUCCAUACCAAAUAUCAAAAUCACCAGAGGCAAAGACAUGCGACUUCGACAUUUCUCAGCCGGUAUGAAGCCUGUUCCCGUGGAUCAGACCCCAACGGCAACGGCAACGGCAACGUAUCUAGGCGAAGCAACGCGACAGCUAUCCCAUCUAGCUAGGGCACUUGAUAAAGACGUCGCGGAAGACGGGCUCCUGCGCAAAGCUUUGAACACGGCAACAAGGGGCUGGGGCCAGCUACCCGUUCCUCGAGACCUAAGCUCGUCGCAGUGGCGCUCUCGCGUUAGCGACGACCACUCGCCCUUCGAAUACUCAGUAGCGCUAGACCAAGAGACCGGAGAAGCAGAGUUGCGAUUCCUCAUCGAGGCCCAGCCAUCAGGGGGUGACGCCCCCGUGAAUCUAGCGCAGAUGCAGACGGAGGCACUGGCGCUAUCAGAGCGGAUAGCCAGCGAAUUCGCGGACCGGGUCUCCUUGAACCGCUUCCAUGCCCUCCGGGACUUAUUCCUGCCCGCGCAGUCGGAGGGCUUCUUCGCCGCGUGGUACAGCUACGUAUCGAGCAAAGACGGCGGGGAGUGGAAAGUCUACUUGAACCCGUGCUGCACGCCCGGCCGGGCCAACGCCAUCGCCACAACCCGGACCGCAUUCGAACGCCUGGGCCUAGCCGAAUCGUGGGGCCUCGUCGAAAGCAUCAUGGAGCCCGGCGAGUCCGUCAUAUACUUCUCGCUCGACCUGUCCCCCGACGCGAGCACCUCGCGCGUGAAAGUGUACAUCUCGCACGGGGCCGCGUCGACCGCGCCCGCCAUCGCGCAGAAGCACGCCGCCAUCUGCCCGCACGCCAACCCCUACGAGAUCCAGCGGUUCUGCGAGGCUAUGGCAGGCGAGCGGCGGCUGGGGCCGUACGAGCGCAAGCCGCUGCUCUCGUGCUUCGCGUUCACGAGCGCGGCGCCGGGGCGGCCGGUCGGGACGGUGCAUUUCCCCGUGGGCGCGUACGCUGCGGACGACGGGGAGAUACAGGGGCGCGUCGAGCGGUACGCGGCCGCGGUGUCGGCGCCGCCGGUCUUCAGGAGGCGGUACGGGAAGGCGGUCAGCGCGGUGCAGCGGAGACCGCUGGGUCAGGGGACGGGGAUACACGCUUGGGUGAGUCUGAAGCAGGGUAGCGGCGGAAAGCAGUCGAAUUCGUUUUACAUCUCGCCGGGGUUGUUCGCGCGGGGAGGGAAAUGAUGUCGGGAUGUAACAGGUACUUAAGGAAGUUGAGAUGGUACGUUAGGUACCUAGAGAGGUGGAGGUAGUCACGGCUAUGUUGAUUCUCCCGUUAUAGAUGACACCUAGAAAAUUGGCACGAUUUAUGACAAAGUAAAUCAGUGAGUACCUAGUCUAGUUGUUAAAUUAGGAUAUAUGAAUAUCACAAAGAUUUGGAUUUA